AUGGCUCAAGUUGCAGUACCACCAAUCAUUAAUUCCCAGGUACCAACAGACGAAGGUGGUUAUAUUGAUGAAAGUUAUUUAAGUACUUUAACUAGACGCCUUGGUCAAGAAGAAGUUGAGGAUGCUUUAUCUGAUAUAUCUGAUUUUGAUGAAGAAUGGGAAGAACUUGUUCAGCAAAUGCAACAGGUUUUAGUUGCUUUCUUACUUCCUUGGUUAGGACGUUGGUUAGGCAGAAAAUUCUCUUUUUGGGCGUGGACAAGAUUCGUUAAAUGGUACUAUUAUCCACGUAUUUCUGAUAAAGUUAAACCUGAAUAUACAGAUACUACGCCAUAA